AUAGUGCCAGUGUGCAUGGAAUAGAUGGGCUCAUGGUACCCUACUCCAGGAUUGCCCAGCAGCAGCUGCUUCCCUUGGAUCAAAACAGCUACAGCACAGACUUGUACCGGCAAGGACUCACCCCACCCCAAUUGCCAGGAGACCACCUUCAUCCAUAUGAUUCAGAAGGUGUUUUCCAUGACAUGGACAGUGACACGAUUGGCCAUUUGGGUGACUGCCUGCUGUCUGCGGCUGAGGCCAACCUCCUGCAAACUCGAGUGGGCAACCCUAUCGACAGGCUGUACUCCAUGCAAAACUCCUACUUCACCUCCUGACCCUCAGUUCUUCCACCUGAUGGGAGCCGCGCUAGGUGUAGAAGGGGGUGAAUGGCGUGGAGGGGCAAGACCAAUCCGUGGGGCAGAACUCUUUGGACCCCGUUAAGGCUGUGAAGCUGUCAUGCCUGUGCGCCAUUAUUCCUGGGCACUGAGAAUUCAACCAGGGAGGACCUUGCUACACUGCCUUUCCCGUCCCCUCGCCCAAUGUCCUCUCGAUGGGCAGUUUCAUAUUGUGUAGCUGUACGUCUAGCAUCGUGUUCUUUGUGUUUAAACUGCAGGGCAUUACACCUAGUUGAUACAUUACACUGAGCACAAAAGCAGGAGGCCUAGCUCAUGGUAAGGUUUCCAUGCUUAGGAGGUGCCUUUUCUCAACGUUCAUUGGCAUGGAAAAUUCCUUUCCCUGGAAUGUGCAGAUUAGCCAUGAAGAAAACAAAUCCCCUAAACUAAGUAUAUCAUAAGAGUACUUUGACAUUAAAAAAUGUCGAUUAGGUCAUAUUAACUGCUAGGGCUUGUCAACCCAUAAAAAUUCUGGGAUUUCUAAUUCGUUAACGAGAGUGAAGUUCCGAGCUCAAAAUCCCAGCCUCCACACAGGACUGCAAAUUAGAAGGUUCUUCUUGGAAAAUGAAACCGUUUUAUCGUUGUCAUGUAUCAUACCUCCUAGAAGUUUUAUGGACUACUGAGAAAUGGUCUAGAUUAACGGCAGAUAACAUGGGGAACUAUGGGUGCCGUUUGACUCUAAUCGGCUCCCCAAAAACCACGGUCAGUGAGUUGCUAUGAUGAACAUGAUAAAGUUUAAGAACAUCUGGAAGGCUUCCUGAAAUAGAUGGAAAACUAUGGUACUCAAUGUGCACUGCACAGGUUUCUGCCCAAUCUGCCUUUGAAUAUUUUAGGACCGUCCACAAAUCUCUCUUGCAAUGCUUCAGCCCUGAGCAAGUAUCGGACUGUUGCCUUUUCUCGUUUAUCACUUUGAUAUACUUUCUGCAACACUGAAAACUACACCUCCGCCACACCCAUCUUUCUUCUUCAGUUCUGCUGCAGUACUAAGACUCCCCAGCCAAUGCUGUGUCUUCUUGAUCCGAAAGAAUUUUAAAACCUGGGCACCCAUUUAAAGGCAUUUUUGAAAGCUAUGUCAGAAUAGCUCAAUUGUUCAGAAUAGGCUCCUUAGGCUGAGGUUAAGGACUUUCUUCCUAUGACUAUGACUGAAACUUCCUGAUCUCUUGGUUGCUUCUUAAGCCACAGCUACUUUCCAUUGACCAUCUGACCCUACCUGAAGACUUCAUGCAAGUUAGCCUCAGUGAUACCUUUUCAUUGGUCAAAGCAGCUCAGCAGACAUCAUAGAAAUGCUUUCUUUUUGCCACUGUAGCAUGCAAUUCUGGAUCAUCACACCAAUAAGGGACCCCCCCAAAAGGACAUGUUUUUCUCCUGGGCUCCCAAAAGGGCACCCUCGUCUCCUGGACCUCUGAGCCACUUUUACAUUCUGCAAAUCUACAGAGGGUGGAAGUAUUUUUUAUUGCUGAUGAGUUACCACACUGCAGGAUAUUGUAAAGCUCUGUAAUACACCAGGAGGUAAUCCAUAUACAGCAAAUGGGUCUGGCUGAAAUGAUUUUCUAAAAAAGCAGUCUGCUCUCUUUUAGACUGGCCACCACUGAAUGAUGGCCAGCCUAAAAACCAAUGAUGUGCAUAGCAAUGUUAAUCAGCAGCUCAUUCAAAAGGAGAUCCUAAGGAUAUAAUUAUAUAGGAAGAUGGGGAAGACUGCGGUAUGAAUUUGUGGUAAAAGGCUCUUUUCAACGCAUAGCCUCUGCCCUGUUUUGAACUUUUAACUCAAGUCACUUUCAGCCACUAAGAGGCUGCAGACAUUACAGUGAAAAACUGUCUGGAAGGCGUCGCACUGUUUAUCCCCUGUCUUAAAAUAUAUAACAGGGCCCUGGGCCAAG